UAGUUGUUGAGGCAAAAUCACUCUGGAGGUUUCAUCUCUGAAAACUCUGUUUCCAGAAAUGACAUUUCAACACCAACUUCUCAGCAUUGCCAUAGUGGUAAUAGCUAUACUGUAGCAGAACAGGAAUUGCUUCUGGAACUGACCAAGGUCGUAAGAGGGUUGUGACACUUCAGGUUCAAUGUAAUCUCAUUGGGCAACAGCAGUGGAACUUGUCUGUCCAAAAUGGUUUAUGGGGAAUUUUUCCGCAGACCUGGCAAAGAUGCAGAACUUAUCAAUCUGAAUGUGGGUGGCUUUAAGCAAUCAGUGGAUCAAAGCACCUUGCUCCGAUUUCCCCAUACUAGACUCGGAAAACUUCUCAAAUGCCAUUCAGAAGAGGCUAUCCUAGAACUGUGUGAUGAUUAUAGUGUUGCAGAUAAAGAAUACUACUUUGACAGAAAUCCUUCCUUGUUCCGAUAUGUUCUGAAUUUUUACUAUACGGGCAAACUUCACGUUAUGGAAGAACUCUGUGUCUUUUCCUUCUGCCAGGAAAUAGAGUACUGGGGGAUAAACGAACUGUUUAUUGAUUCCUGCUGCAGCAAUCGGUACCAAGAAAGGAAAGAAGAAGGUCCUGAUAAAGACUGGGAUCAGAAGAGCAAUGACAGUAUAGACUCCUCUAAUGAAGAGUCAUCCAUAUUUGAUAAAGAACUAGAAAAGUUUGACAAUCUGUGUUUUGGUGAAAUAAGAAGGAAGAUCUGGGUCAGAAUGGAAAAUCCUGCAUACUGCUUGUCUGCCAAGUUAAUUGCCGUGUCAUCCCUGAGUGUUGUCCUGGCAUCAAUUGUGGCCAUGUGCAUUCAUAGCAUGCCAGAAUUUCAUAGGGUGGAUUCCCAUGACAGGGAGAUUGAAGACCCUGUGCUGGAAGCUGUGGAGAUUACGUGCAUCAUCUGGUUUACUGGUGAACUAGUGAUCAGGCUCAUCGCCGCUCCAAGUCAAAAGAAGUUCUGGAAGAAACCACUCAAUAUCAUUGAUUUUGUCUCUAUUAUCCCGUUUUAUGCCACACUGGCUGUGGACACAAAGGAAGAAGAAAGCGAAGAUAUUGAAAACAUGGGGAAAGUGGUUCAGAUCCUGCGGCUAAUGAGGAUAUUUCGCAUCCUGAAGCUGGCCAGGCAUUCCGUAGGACUGCGGUCUUUAGGCGCCACUCUGAGACACAGCUAUCAAGAAGUUGGACUUCUGCUUUUGUUUUUGUCUGUUGGGAUUUCUAUUUUUUCAGUGCUUGUCUACUCAGUGGAGAAAGAUGAUGACUCAUCAGAACUGCAGAGCAUCCCUAUUUGCUGGUGGUGGGCAACCAUCAGCAUGACCACUGUUGGUUAUGGGGACACUUACCCAGUGACACUUGCUGGAAAGCUGCUUGGCACUCUAUGCAUUAUCUGUGGGAUACUGGUGGUAGCACUUCCAAUCACCAUCAUUUUCAACAAGUUUUCUAAGUACUAUCAAAAGCAAAAAGCUAUUGAUACAGACCAAUGCAACAAUGAUCGCAAAGAGAAGUGUAACGACCUACCCUAUUUUAACAUUAGGGAUAUUUAUGCAAAAAAGAUGCACUCUUUCAUUUCUAGCCUUUCUUCAGCAGGAAUUGUAGUCAGCGACCAAGAUUCAACAGAUGCCUCCAGUAUCCAAGAUAUGGAGGAUGUUUAUAACCCGAUAUCUUUAGAGAAUGGGCACAAAGCUCAAGCCAAGGAGAAUGAAGAUGAAGGGCUGAUGGCACAAGUGGCUCAAGAAUUUCUCCUGUUUGCUGGACGCCCCUUGCUCAGCCCCAGCUCCAGCUGCUCACUGUCUCAGUCAUGCUGAUAUGAAUCUGUGUAAAUGACAAAGCAGAUUGCUCCAAUGAGCCAGGUUUAGAAUAAUAAUAAUAAUUCUCUGCUGAGUGGAUGGAAGGGAGCUGAGAGCCUGAAAAAAAUUGAAAAAGCCCUGGAUGGCUGUCUUCUUGAUAGAAACCCAAACCUUUUUUGUCAGCGACUCCAUACGCGUGGUAACAGUCCAAAUUACAGAGUCACAGAAUCAAUUAGGUUGGAAAAGACCUUUGAGAUCGUUGAGUCCAACCUAUGGCUUGCAUAACUUGUCAGUUUGUUGGGAAUGGGAAACUGUGCUCCACUGAGGUUCUAACUCAGUGGCUCCAGUACAGACUGCACUGGGCAACUUCCCUGUGUCCAGAGGUGUCCCUGCCCUCAGAACUUGGAUUAUGUUGAGGGUAAAACAGCUGGAUAAUUGAACCAAGCCUUGCAGAUUUGAAUUUCUGUUGUGACUCUGUCUCAGACUCAAGGGAAGGAGUUCAUAUACUUAGUGGCAUUGAUCAGUAUUUUCCCAUGGAAAAUGAGGAAGGACUUUUGAGGAGAAAAUUGGGAAUACAAGCCAAUAAGAAGUGAAAUAAGGUCUAUACUCAGUAAAAGGGUCCUUGGGAGCAUGAUGGAGAUACAGUGACAGUCUGCCAUGAGCGAGUUCCAUGGCAGCUACCAGUCUUUAACCUAUUUUCCUAAUUUUUCUUGGUAAAGAUCAUUUUUGGUAUGCAAGCACUAUAUAUAUGUGAUUUGCCUUCCCACCAACACAAUUGUAAGGUAACACUAAUAAUUCUAUUUUGUCUCUGAUUUUAAAAGUCAGAGUGCAAUUGCCUUCUUUGUGAUCGCUUCUAUUUAUCAUGUACAUAUUUGCAUAUAUUACUGAAAAGGUUUUUAUAGUUUUUUGAGUAUCUUUGUUAUCAUAUAGCUCUUAAUAUUUUAAUUAUAUAAAGAGAGGUGAGCUGCACUACUGAAAUGAAAUCCGGAUCUUUACCUGUAGAAAGCAUUUCAUGUGCCAGAAGCAACAUAAUUUUCUGACUGAAUUAAUCUUUUCUUUUUUAUCCCUGGAAGCUUCUUUCCAGAGGAAAUUUCAAAAUCCGACCCUUCCAUUGUGAUUGGGAAUGCGUUUUGGUUUUGUUUCAGUUUCCAUGGCAACAGGAAAAUUUGUUUUCUGACAGUCACUGAACACAAAGCUCUUAUUUCCCUGUGCUGUUUUGAAUACAUCAGUUUACAUUUUUAUCCCAUCAAGUAUUUUGAAUCCCUCUCCUUAAUCUCUUGACUCCAUUUAGCUCUGUGAAAACCAGUCUGCUUCUCCUUAGUCAGCACAGACAGGUUUUUUUCCAUACUUUCUUAAUUCUUCAGAUAUAAUUUGAUUCAGUGUGCCGAUAUCAGAAAUACAGUCACAUUUUACACUUAGACUAAAAGUUCAAUUCUUUCCUUAAAGGAGCAUUAUUACUUUUUAAAUUACUUCUAAGCACUAAACUUAUUUCAAAUCUGGCUUCAAGGUUGUGGAAUAUAACCUUUGUCAUUUUAAAGUCAGGAGCUUACUUGUCUGUUAUGUUUUGCUUACAUUCUUAUAUCUUACGCUGUUUGACAUGCUGAUCAGCCAGUCCAUGAGUGUUCUUGAAGAGUGCCAUCUACAUGAUCAUUAAAUUUUGUGCUGUCUCCUGCAACUUCAAACAUAAUAUAUUAAUUAAUUCCUGAAGAGAUGCCAGACCUCUGUGGUUUGCAAAGCUUCAUCAUUCACUGUGUGAAUUAUGAAAUCUCAUUGUAUUUAACACUGACAUCAUCUAUGCCACCAAAUUAUCAUAACUGCUAGAAAGCUUCAAGAUAUAUGGCUUAAAUAUAAGCAGCCUCUUAAGUAGGAAUGUGAAAGAAGAAAGGUGCAUGACAGUCUUAAUGUUUUGGGCUUUGCCUUCCUGUUAGCUCCCUCCACAGGUAUUUGUGGAAUAAAUCUCCAAUAAAUUUGUGUCCCAGCAGAAAGUGUUUCAUCUGUGGAUCUGCUGUAAAUGCUGUUUUGCCACUCUGAGCCUGGACAGUUUUCUUCCCUUAGUUCCUCUCCAGCUGAGCUAGAAUACAUGCAUGGCUCCUUAACGGGAGGGAAAAGUAUUUCUAAUAAGUCCCAAAACCUCCCCCUACCCUUUGUCUCUUCUCCAUAAAACCAAACCAAGGCAGCACUCAUAGAACCUGGCUGUGCAGAUAUACAUCCUUCCCCUAUUUUAAUAAAGGAGAAAAGAGGCAACAACACUGACGUGAGUUUCUGGCAGCAGAAAUUAAGGGGGCAGUGCAAACCUUUGAACUCUGCUUUGCCACCAUAACCGUCGAAGAACUUUAGAAAAGAAUUGAAAAAGCUGAUCUUGUAUCACAGCUUCUGGGGAUAGAGAAUAUUUUGGAGGACAGCUGGUACCCUCAGUAGGUAUUUCCAGCUGCUUCCUAACUCUUUAGAGAAUGUUGUGCUCAUAGAAGGUAACUUUCAUUUCAUUAAAGCAUUUAACUUCCAGCAUAGUUUAUUUGGGCAGUUAUAUGCAGUCUUUUUUUUUAUUUACAGGCUUUUGCUGUAUUUAUCCAUACCUUCAGUGUAGUUGCUUCUCAUUAUUAAUAGAUACUUAUAUUAUAUAGACUUUCUUGAUGCUGAUACAAUCAAGUGUUCCAUUAAUGUUGAGAUCUGAGGUUAAUUAUGCGCUCUGCACUCCUGUUUGAAAGUCAUGAUAUAACUGGUCUGCAUUUUUAAUUUUUGCUCUCAGUGAAAUAUAGCCAGUUUGUAUUCAUUACCAGCAUAGUUAUUUAUAACUACAUCUGAUUUUUCUUUUCUUAGUUGUUAGAUCUUUUAUUGCUUUCCUUGCAUGGAUUAUCUGAGAAAAGUGCAUAGGCUCUAAAUUGUGGGAAGGAUCAAUUCUUAUAUCUUAAUAUGUACCAGGCAAACCUAUCGUUGCUCAGCUGAUUUGAGAGUUGUUUUGCUUUUAGAUAAAUAUUUUUGAGACUGUAUCUAUUUAUGACUUUAGCCUCUUGUGAAUUGUUACUGGAGGUCAUCUGUUGUUGAUUCAAAAGUAUCAGUUAAUCAUGCUGGAAAGGGAACAUGGGUGAACAUGGAUUUCUUCCUGUGGGAAAGUGAGUAAUCAUUUUUGUUAUAGAUUAGUUCACUAGAAACUGCGAAACUGUAUUCCAGUCCAUGCCUUUGUAAAUGUUUAAAAUAACAUUUUCAAUUUCUGAGAGUGUAAAGAAACAAUUUGUUUUUCCAGCAUCUGUCCCUACUCAGUCAAAAAAAGUUAGCCUGUAAUGAAUACAGGAAAGCCACUUACAGUAUAAAAUCAAAUGUCAGAAAAAAAUACAUUGCUCAAGUAUCUGAUGAUUCUUGAUGCUUCAUUUUCAUCUCUUGAUAUAUUCAGGUAGGAGGUGCUCAAAUAAUUCUUAAACCCCAGAAUUUUCAUUGUAUCCAAAUGAAUGUCCUUCCUUAUUAAAUGCUGGAGGCUUUGGAAUAAUUCAGAAUACUUUGUAUCAAAACAUCUUUAUUUCUUCUCAUCCCUUCCAUAAAUAGUGUUAGGAGCGGACUAGAAAGCUGAAGCUCUGGUUGCUGCAGAGGACAGACAGAUGUGCUACUCUCAGCAAUAUGAAUCUGUGGACCUCAAAUGGACUUGUGUGAGGAGAAAGACCGAAUCUACAGCCCAGCCUGAGCCUUGUAACAGAGCACAUGUGUAGGGGAGAGGUGAAGGACUCUUCUCCUCCCAGCCUGGUGAAGAGCUGUGUCUUUGUUCUUUGGAAGUCACUGGCAAACAAAGACAUCUUUGUGGUUCUCAGCCAGAGCGAGGUGAUGGAGAGAGCAAUUUAGGCACUUCUUCCUUUGUAAACUCUUUGGACUGGAAGGCGUAGUCUGGAGCCAAGGAGUGAUAUCAGGAAUUAAUUACCUCCAUGGACAAGAAAAUUAAUUUCCAAUUAUUUUACAAGCUGCAGUCUUCUAGAACUUGUCUUGUUAACUGCCAUCUACAUCAGAAAAACAGCUCCAAUUUCAUUGUUGGUGCAAAGACCAUCAGAGAUUUAUAGAUGAAACCAAGGAGUCUGGGCAGUCACAGCUAUGCUCAGUGGGUUUCAAUAAUCCCUGUACCACAGACCUCUCCAGUCCUUCUGUUUCUGAUCUCCAUCCAUGGGAAGUGUUUGUAAAUUUGGGUUUGGAAAGGUCCUAUGUUCUAGGCCAUCAUGUUCUCUCAACAGAGGAGAGUAUUAAAGCUGUCCCACAGGGCACAUUGGCCUUUCCAGGGGAAGGGCAUUAUGGUUUACUGUAGUACAAAACCAGAUCUACUACAUUUUUAAAUGUUUCUUUUAAUGAAAUUUCUCUCUGAAUUGCUUUUAUUCUUUAUUUUUCUUUCCUAAGACAGUGUGGGAUAGCAGCAUUCUAUCAGCAUUAGAAAAAUGAAAUUUUUGUUUACUUUGUUACUUUGUGACAGCUGGCUUUGACAAAAAUGGUGGAUUGAUUUUAUCUUGUCAGCAAAUUAUUUCCAUUCAUCUGCAGCCCUGGAAACCUGCUUGGAUCUUGAAAGUGCGUCUGGUCCCAGUUUCAAAUUGAAUUGUCUCAUUUUUAUUUGACAUGAGGGAGCAUGGGCACUUACAUCAUAAUUUCAUUUCUGUGCAACACAAUCCAAGGAGAAAUCACUCACCCCAUUCCUCCCAGUCCUCUCCCAUCCCCAGAACAAACUUUGGUACCUCUCAGCUCUAACUGUCUGUCAGGUCUAAGCUUUCUGGAAGGUAUUUAUGGCAUAGAAGAACUGUUAAGGGAAACGUGCCUCCUUCUGUGAAUUCCUGUUAGUGUGCAUAAGCUUUCCUUGGGAACACUGAAGAUGCAUUUAAUUCCUCAUAUUAUCAGUGAACUUCUCUUUAUGUCCAGUGACUACCAUUCUUUGCAAGGUCCUUUUGACUGAGUAGAUAUAGCGGGAUGAUAAGAAGGUAUCUGACAAGAGUUUGCUAUUGGGAUCUGGCAGCCUUUUCUGUUAGUUAACACUCAUGCUUUUGAGCUUCCCAAAGGUUCCCACUUUUAGGAACCUAAAAAUGGUCAAAGUAAGUUGCAAACUAAACAGUGACUGGAACAUACCUCUAUUUGACAUCUCUCUGAACAUCACAGAUAUUUUUGGUAAUAGAAGGUCUGAAGAUACGUGAGUGGGCUGAGUUCAUUAGAAGACAUCAUUGUAGCCUAAUUGAUUGCAAUUAACUUUUGCCCUCAAAACACAGAGCAGAGAGUCCCAGCUGAGCUUCUCUGGAGGUCAGAGUUAGCUGAGACAUGGGAAAAGCAGCUGGUAGCAGGCAGCCACUAAACAAAUGAAACCUCUUUCUAGUCAGAGCCGGAACUGUGAAAAGGUGGUAGCAGAGGAGGAAUCACUGACCAUUCUGGAAUUUUCACAUCCUGUCCUGAGCAUUUAUCAGCUGUAGUAGUUGCUUCAUUUCAUUUAAUUUCAAAACAAGGCAUUUGCUUAAAAAUAUAUUUUGGUGAGUGCAGUUCCUGGUAGAGUGAGUGAGAGCCUGAGUGUAUUAACUGAUAAACUGGCUUGGAAAUGGCUUGUUAGCAUAAAGAGCAAAUAUGAGAUUGAGCAGUAGCUCAUGGUAGUCCUCCCAACUCCUCAGCCUGACAUGCGCCCAGCCUAUGACUAAAGGAGAUAAAAUAGAAAGAGUAUGAGUUAAGAAACCUGGGGGUUUGGUAAUUGUAAAUGAAUUACACUGUAAUGCAGUUUUUGUUUGUCUUUGGUAUAACUGAUAGCAACUGGCACGUCCAUUGCUUAUCAAUACAAGCAGCAAAAUGUACUGUUACUAAAUGUUUCUGAGGCUCAGUAAAAUGUUUAUUUUAAGUUUUUUAACAUGUUAUUUCCCUUAAUAACACUUUGGAUGCAGUAAAAUUUUCUUUUCUCUGUUUCCUUAUGUCUGCAUUGCAGGACAGACAGAUUGACCUUCUGUAACCUGCCUGGAAAAGGGCAGUGGAGACUUGGUAUACCAUAUAUAAAACCAUAUAUAUAUACAUAUACAUGUAUAGCUUUAAAGAUUUUACAGAUCAAUGUGAUUUCUAAAAGAGAUUUUGGGCAGUGUUUUUGCAUGUUCUCUAUAAAAGAGAACAACAUUAUUUUGAGAAAAAAUAUUUCAAAAGGCUGGAGUGUUUGCUUUUCAUCUGAGGCAUCCAGACUUUUUAUUAGCAGUAUUAAAAUACUUUUAGAGACACAUACCCCUUCAUGAAACUGAUUUCCAGCUGAUCUCUCCAAGUAUAGUUAUUAACAGCCUGCUCCAGAGGGUCAGUGUGCAUCAUCAAGAAAAAAUAGAUACAAAAUAACUCUUUAAUUAUUUUAGGAUUGGCUAAUGUAGCUCAAAUUUAUAAUGAAUCUCUGAUUGGAAGUGGAACCCAAACGCUUUCUUAUGUUUUCCUUUGGUUUACUGGAUAGGAGCAGAAAUUGUAGAGCCAAUAGUUAAAAUUUUUGAACACUUUGUUUGAAAAUAAUAUUUUACAGUGAUCUCUUGCCUUCUGUGGCCAUUAGAGAGAUUUUCCUAAGCAGUCUGAUGCAUUAGUGCUCAUAACUCUAGUUUGUGACUAUGAUUAUUUCUUGAUGCUGAGUGAAGCAAGAGAUCAUAAAAUCAAAAUGCAAAGCUUUUAACUGUACUCUUGGCUAGCUGGAAAUCAACAUCUUUGCUAACUGGACAGAAACUGGACUAAAUGAUGAAUUCAUCUGACUGAAAAAUUGGAUAGAUUCUCCCAGAAGAUGGCAGUGCACCUAUGAGUACUGUUCUGCCAACUUUGUAGGUUAUAUAAUUUCUAGCUGUUUUUCCAAUAUUGAGCACAAUAACAAAAAAAGUAGAGACAGAAACUGUGUGGAUACUGAUGGUACUUUUGAUCUUGAAAUCUGAAGUAAGUACUAGUAAUUCACAAAGGCCUGUCUUGCAGGGAUGGUGACAGAGUAGAUGCUUUUGAGGAGGCUGAAAAGUUACUUGUCAUUUUGCUACACUCAUCAACCUAACAUAGAUCCCCUUUCCACUGGAGUCCUUCAGAUAAUUCCAGUGCAAAAAAGAAUGACUACAUCCAGAGCUUGAAAAUAUGUCUGGGUUCUCAAAUUGUCAUUGUUCUCAGAGGAAUGGAUAUUGUAGGGUAAGAGUUACUAAGAAGUGGAAUAAAUGAUGAGAUUUGAAAGUCUCGCCAUGUUUUAUCUUUGCUCCACUGUUUCCCAUCAAAGAAUUUCUUCAUUCAGAUAGGGAUCAAAAACAUGUGUUCAAAAAUACCAAAUAAGACUACCUCCGUAUUAGGUGUAGUCUAAGAGCAAUCAGUAAUUGCUGAAAAAGUAGGGAAAUUUCCAGUUCAGUUUUCAAAGAAGGAGUCUAAGUGUGGGUUUUAAAACAUGUAAUCAAACCAGAGCUACUUAACCUUUCAAAAAUUGAUCCACUCCUUAUAAUUUUAUUUAUUGCAGAAUUAGAAGUAGGGAAUGAUAAUAUCCCUUUUAAAAAUCAUCUCAAUAUAUAACUAUCAUUUGCAAGUAAAACCCAGUAGUUGUUCUAUAGCUACCAUCUUAUGAACUGUUUGAUAUGCAUAUUUACUUCUAUAAGCAAGUUCUUUUUUUGUGAUUUUUUUUUGUACCUGAAUGAAGAGAGGUUUGUAAAGAGUGGAGAGGGAAAAGAGCAAUGCUUACAUGUAAAUUUUGAAACUAAACCUUUCCAUCUCCAUGUUCUGUCUUAUCCAGAAUUACUACCAGUAAGCUAAAGCACAUUUAAAUAUUUAUUCUCUGUAGCUUACUCUGAAAAAAAAAAAAAAAAAAAAUUCUGUUCUGGCUCAUUUGUAACUAUUUACUUAGUUUUCCAAACAGUAAAAAUGCACUAGCAGGAACAAGAAAAAGAAAAAAAGAAAUUGCAGCUGUUUCUUCAACAUUAAGAAGAGAUGAAAAAACAAUUGUGUGCUCUUAUUCUGCAGUCAGAUAUAAUUGCAUAUUCUUGUCCUACUGCUUAGACACUGUGGAUGCUAAUUUUACUAAAUUAACACAUGCUGCAUCAUUUCCUUUGCACAAAGCCCAAAACCAAGCAAGAAAUUAAAAUUUAGUUGCUUUUUUUUGUUUGUUUUCUUUCAGUUUUCAGUUUCCUCCUCCUCCAGUAAGUCAUGGGAGCUGCAAGAUACAUUGGGUUCUUAAUUUUUUAGAUGUCAAGCCUUCAUUUUAAAAGUGUAUUUGUUUUUCUCACAGAGCAAGCAUCUUUAGUUUCUUUUAGGGCCCAUCUGUGGUUGACCCUGUCAUGACAAUAAACUCAGUCAGACAAAGUCUUCCUUAGCACCUGAAGAGACACAGCAGCACCUCCAUAUUCAAAUGGCCAGCAGACCUCUCUAGCCCAUCUUUAGUGGCCAAACCCACAGUUCAUAUGGUGUAUGAAGGGGGCAGCAGUGAUGGAUAUGAUCUGUUCACCCACUCACUAGUAGAGCCUAUUGCCAACACCCACUUCACCUAAAAAUCUACCUUUCACUACUGGCAGGCAUCCGUGUCCUUUGUCAGGAGAAGAUUCACACUAAACCACAAGCUCCCUCUUCCCAGUCAACUUUUUAACAUCACUUUCCUGGUGCUUGCACGACUCACAGUGCUUGUGUGACUGACAGAGCUUUUGGGUUCUGUGCAGCUGCUCAAACUGCUGGCAUUUGCUGCUGCCUUUGUGUAAUCUGGAUAUGCUGUGACAUGUAAAUGAUGCUGCUUGCUAUUUCCUUGUUCCUACUGUUUAAAAUCUCAAUAAAAGUGAAAAAUACCACUACACAAACUGCAAAUAUCUCAUCUGGCUAUUCCACAAUAAGGAAAGCUACCUCAGCACCAAUAAAAUACUUACAUUACUUUCUUUGUGUAUUUUUCCCUGUGUUUCUUAGUGAAUUCUCCAUCUUUAAUGUCACCGCUUCAGGUAAACCCAACCUUGUUAUUUGGUCUACAAGUGUUAUUCUGGCCAAAUUCUGGAACUUCUAUGAAAGCAAAUGGUAUUUACAUUAGGGACAAUAAAGACAUUACUAAAAAUGAAGGAUCACAACAUGGGACAUUCAGUAGGGUCAGUGGCUCACAGAGCAUUUUUCUUUGUUUUGUGAACUGCAUGUGACUUACCAAUAAAGUUGUCAUACUUUCUGUAAUUAAAACAUUAAAGUUAUCUUCUAUAAUGGGCUAUUGUGAUUAAAUUUUUCAAAGGUAUGUGCCUAUGAACUUCACCUGAUACUUUCUUGUAGUAGUAGGUUUAGGGUUAUGUGU